GAAUAUGCCGCCGCGUCAGUCCGCUACUACGAAGCAUCAACAAGAUACCGCUAGGCCUGUGAAGCCACCACUUUCUUGCCAUCAGUGUCGGCGUUUGAAAAGACGUUGUGAUCGUCAAUACCCCUGUUGCACGCUCUGCCAUCAGAGGCGGGUAGCAUGCGAUUAUCCACACCAAAGGAAAGAAAGAGCUCGGCGAGGAGAUAGACAAACUCCGGGUGAAGUUUCUCUAUCUACCAAGUCUCAAUCAGCGCGGAAUAUUAUUGCAGAUGCGAAGCUGCUCAGCCCGUCCAGCCGGCUAGGGCGGGAGAAUGCACACUAUCAGCUCUCUGAAUUGGACGAGCUCGAUCUUCUUGCCGCAAGCUUUCUAGAUCCCGAUCAUUUCAUAUUAGCACAACUGGAAACCAAAAAGAAAGAUGUUGGUAUUACGAAGAUGGUUGCCGACCUGGUCGGCAGCGUUAGCGAUAUUCAAGCUACCGCACAAGUUUUCUUCGAAACAAUCCAUGUUUGGAUGCCUAUUGUAUCCAAGCAGCAAUUUCAACAACAGCUGCUGCAGAGGUUAGCUUUUCAACGAGCUGAACUGUUUGUACUAGUGCUGGCCAUGAAGCUCUGUUCAUCACGGGUAACAGUAGCAAAGUCAAUGCUCUAUCGAACUACGAAACAAUUUUAUUUUGACAUAGAGUCAUCUGGGAGAUUCUCCGUCCAGACACUCCAAGCCGCCAUUCUGAUUGCGAUUUACGAGCUCGGCCAUGGGAUAUAUCCCGCGGCGAUCAUUUCAGUUGCCAACUGUGCUCGUAUUGGUACCCUGAUCGGGAUCGACAAGUCUCUAAGUUCAUGGGAUCUCAUGUCUAGAGUACCAUGGAUCGAGCUCGAAGAACAUCGUCGAGUUUGGUGGGCGAUUAUAAUCCUUGAUAGAUUUAUGAACCUUUGUUAUCCUAAGCGAUACCUAGUUACUCGGGAUCCAGACCCUGAGAGUUACCUCCCGGUAAACGAUGACGAUUGGGACAGUGGACUUUCAAAGCCUGAACAUGCAGUGACGCUGCGCUUGUCAUCCCAAGUUCACAUCGGAAGAUUUGCUCGUUUUGCCCAUGCAGUACCUCUGUUUAGCCAAGCCCUUUCUAGGUCGGGUGAAGAGCCGCACAACACUGCACAGUUGCGACGUACUAUUCUCUCCCUGAUAAACCUCGGAGAGACAGAGGGGGUGACAAAUAGAGUGUUAUUCUGCACACUGAAUGCAGUAAGUUACAUCGCAGUAUUUGUUCUCGACAGCCCAUCAUCGCGAUUGGAUACGGAAGACAACGGGCGACCAAGAGAGGAGUUUGUAUCGCCCGAAACUAUAUCUGCUCUUCAACAUGCAGUCAAGGUCAUGACGAGAGAGUCAUUUGAGUCCAUUGUACACGACUGCGAGAAGCUUUCACCCUUUCUGCUACACAUGCUGUAUAAGGCAUUAGUGGCAUGUUUUCGAAUGAAACAGAAUCCUCCCGCGGGGCUGGAUGUUGCAUUGAAUAUCCAUUCGUUGAAGAUAGCUUUAGAGCGAUUUAGGAGUCGAUGGCUAGUGGCUGGUACUUAUCUUUUGCUUGCGAAGAGACAGGAAGUUUUCUCCCUUAUAGAAUCUCCAUAACUACAAUUACAUUCUACUACUAGCAGAUAUUGAAUUGCGGUGGAUUUUAGAUACAAUGGGAUUGUUGGGGUAGAAGACGCCAGCAGGGUUGAAGAUCGGUUUGGGCCGUCAGGGGGGUAGAACGUGUUGGUGAGUAAUAAAGCUUGCAACAAAAAGCAAUACAGCACUGCCCCAAUUCGGCUACUCCGGUUAUAUGUGAGUGUAGCAGAGAACUCGGCGGAGAAGUUCUCUCAGUAUUCGACACCUGUGCCUUCUUUUCUCCUCAUUUGUUUUGGUUGGGGAUUCAACAAAACGAAUUCAGUGCUGAGGCCAUG